CCACAGCCAUGAGUGAACCACAGUGCUACUACAAUGAAACCAUUGCCUUCUUUUAUAACCGAAGUGGAAAAUAUCUAGCCACUGAAUGGAACACUGUCAGCAAGCUUGUAAUGGGACUGGGGAUUACCGUCUGCAUCUUCAUAAUGCUGGCCAACCUCUUGGUUAUGGUGGCUAUUUAUGUCAAUCGCCGAUUCCACUUUCCUAUUUAUUACUUAAUGGCCAACUUAGCUGCUGCGGACUUUUUUGCAGGGCUGGCCUACUUUUACUUAAUGUUCAACACAGGACCCAACACUAGAAGACUGACUGUAAGCACCUGGCUUCUCCGUCAGGGUCUCAUUGAUACCAGCCUGACGGCCUCUGUGGCCAACCUGUUGGCCAUCGCUAUUGAGCGGCACAUUACAGUUUUCCGAAUGCAGCUGCACACUCGGAUGAGCAACCGCCGAGUGGUCGUUGUGAUUGUUGUUAUCUGGACUAUGGCCAUCGUCAUGGGCGCCAUUCCAAGCGUCGGAUGGAACUGCAUUUGUGAUAUCACUCACUGCUCCAACAUGGCACCACUCUAUAGUGACUCCUACCUGGUCUUCUGGGCUAUUUUCAACCUGGUCACUUUUGUGGUCAUGGUGGUCCUAUAUGCUCACAUCUUUGGGUGAUUUCAGUAAUGCAUGGUCAGCUCCUGGGAGUCAGCAGAAUUUGGAAGACACUAGAAGAGGUGCAGACAAUAAGAACACCCAGAGUUCACUGAUGUAACCACUGAGACUAUCAAGCUUAUUGAUGGAAGUUCAUGUAACAUGGUCACUCAGCCCUGUAACACAAAACUGGUGAAAAUCCAGAUGUAAUGUGGUGUAUUUUUGCAGCAGCACAUGUU